AUGCAUAAGUCAAAGAAGCGGAAAGUCUCGCACGACUCGAACACGGAGAUGAAUGGGGAUGCAUCUGAGACGUCGAAGCCAACGGCCGUAUUCAAACCCCAAGGUCCACGAGCCCAUACGCUGAGCAUAGCUCUUCCGGGUAGCAUUAUUGCAAAUGCAAAAUCGCAUGACCAAAAGACCUACCUUGCCGGCUACAUUGCUCGUGCCCUGGCAGUAUUUUGCGUCGACGAGAUCGUGAUAUUCGACGACGAGCCUCGUGCGCAGGGACAUGAAAAUAAACAACCUUUCGAAAAUGAAUACACGGCGUUCUCUGACCCAUCCCAUUUCCUGGCGCAUGUACUCUCCUACCUGGAGACGCCGCCGCAUCUACGGAGGGAUCUAUUUCCCAUGCACCCCAACCUGAGGACGGCGGGGACCUUGCCGAGCUUGGAUAUGCCACAUCAUCUGAGGGCAAAUGAAUGGUGCGAAUAUCGGGAAGGAGUUACGAUUCCGGGGGAGAAUUAUGGCUCAGAGGAAAGUACCUCUAACAAAAAGAAAAAUAAGAGAUCCAACAAAGGCGAGAAUGGUUCUGAGACAUUGACGCUCGCAAACGCUGGGUUCUCGCACCCCGUCCGCAUUUCCAACUUGUCCAUUCCACCCCACACCCGUCUAACCCUCAAAUUCAAAACCGAAAACCCUUCCGACGGCGCGGACCCUGUGGCACCAUCUGCCCCACGCGAAGAAGCGGGGUAUUACUGGGGUUACUCUAUCCGCCGCUGCUCCUCGCUCUCUUCCGUGCUCACGGAAUGCCCGUUUGACGGCGGGUAUGACCUGUCCUUCGGUACGUCAGAACGUGGCACACCCCUCGCUACCGUCCUGCAAUGUCCGGAGGAAAUCCCGCAGUACAGGCAUCUCCUGCUUGUUUUCGGAGGUGUGGCAGGGUUGGAGACGGCCGUGAAAGCCGAUAAGGAGUUAGCCGACAAAGGGAUCGGGCCGGGAAAUGUGGGAGAAUUGUUCGAUUACUGGGUCAAUGUGCUGCCGGGACAGGGGAGUAGGACUAUUCGGACCGAAGAAGCGGUCUGGCUGGGAUUGAUGGGGCUGAGGGAGGUUGCCGUGAGCAAGGGGAGGUGA